AUGCAGUCUCCCAGAAUCCCAGGUCGAAAAAGAGGAAGACCCCCACUCCAUCCGAGUCCUAUGAAAAUGGCGGUUCAUAAUCUUUACUCUUCGCCUGCCGGUUCUUUGCCAGUUGUGAAGAUCCCAAAGAAGCGAGGGAGAAAACCUGGGUAUAAGCUGAAAUCUCGUGUUCUAAUGACUCCUUUAGCAAUCUCUCCACCAAGAAGCACCCCAGAACCUGAUAUUAGUUCAAUCCCCCAGGAUGCGGCUACAAUUCCCAACUCAGCAGCACCGCAAGCCCUCACAGUUUGCCUUUAUGUCAACAAGCAAGCAAAUGUGGGGCCAUACCUUGAGCGAAAGAGAGUGCAGCAACUCCCAGAUCAUUUUGGGCCUGAACGACCUUCCAUGGUGCUACAGCAGGCAGUUCAGGCAUGCAUUGAUUGUGCCCACCAGCAAAAGACUGUCUUCUCACUUGUCAAGCAGGGCUAUGGAGGUGAAAUGGUAUCAGUUUCUGCCUCUUUUGAAGGAAAACAGCACCUCUUGAGUCUCCUGGUUGUGAACAGUAUCGGUUACGUUUUGCGAUUCCUCAAAAAACUUUGCUGUAACUUAUUGUGCGACAAUCUUUUCAGCAACCAGCCUUUUCCUCAAUAUAACACUUCUGAAAACCCAGAAGGGUAUGAAAAUGGACAGAUGGAAGCAGCAGAAACAGUUAUACCUGAAGACUAUCUGGUUGAUCCCCUGGCUACAAAGCACUACAGCAUUGAUCCCUCUGAUUCAGCAUUUAAUUGCAUGGGAUCAUUGUACUCUGUGAGACAGAGUUCUGGAGAAGGACGGCACGGUGGAGGUUCAUCUUCUACUUGCAGUCAUCGUUCUGCCCAGAUGGCUUCUGGAGGACCAUCAGCUGCUAGUUUGAGGCAUCAGACAUCAAGCCCCACCCGAAAUGGAACCAUUCUGGAAGGAAACAGAAAUGCCUCAAGUCCAUCUCCAGAAAGACAGGAUGCAACACGGCCCACAAGCAAAAAUCCUUUGACCUGGACUGUUGAUGAUGUGGUUUGGUUUGUUAAAGAUGCGGAUCCUCAUGCUUUAGGACCCCACGUGGAACUCUUCAGGAAACAUGAGAUUGAUGGCAAUGCUCUGUUGCUACUGAAAAGCGACAUGAUCAUGAAAUAUUUGGGUCUGAAGCUGGGACCAGCACUCAAACUCUGUUAUCACAUCGAUAAAUUGAAAGAAGCCAAGUUCUGAUGCCUUUUUAAAAGACCAGACAAUCCCCAUAGAAAUCAAGGAAGUAGAUGAAAGGUAACAAGCUGCCUUAUGGAAAGAUAAUCCAUUUUCAAGCUGUUUCUCCUCCAUUUUGUACUGAGAACUUGGACUUUAUAGAAGUAUUCAUCUUCACCAUUUUAAUCCGGGGGGGGGGGAAUGUGUUUUGCUGAUUUGUGUUAAUACUUUUCCAAAAAAAGUAUAUGAUUAUAAUUAUUUUGUAUUAUUCAUAUUGUUAUGGUUAAUAUUAUUAAGUCCUAUUUUUGUAAUCAUAAAAGGAAAAUCAUACGCCAAAAGAACUUCCCUACUUUUUAGAAAAGAAGACCUUUGAAAAGCUUUAGGAAACUUUCCUCUGGGCUGCUUCCCAUAAGGCUGGCCAUCGUGUCUGGCUAUACCAGGUGACUUGCCUUGUGAAUUCACCAUCACGGAAUUCACUCUCAUAUCACCUCAAACAGAGUGCUUUUCAGUGGAAUCAAGGAGCGCAUUUAGCUGCCAGUCAUCAAUCACAGUUUAGCAACAUUCAUGCAUGUGUGAAUGAACUCAUAAUCUAAUUCUGUUGUGUAACCAUGCAAACAUUCCUGUAACAGGAGAGCCAUCUAUGUUUUUCCCAGUGACCUGGGGGAAUCACAGAAUAUUCUGGGAAUAUGAAGAUAAAAAUGUUGUUAUAAUUUUGCAUUUACAUGGUGAUACACUGUGAAUUUAAUCAUGUUUUCAUGGCAUUCAGUCUGUAAAGCUGCUGAACAGCUACUCUGUGCUGUUCUCCAUGUUCUUCCUUGCUACUCUGAGUCAUAUGCUCUCCAACAUAGUCAUCAGCAUGAAGGUUCAGUAAUGUGAUCUUGGAUAUCUAGGAGCGUAUUGGCAACAGACUGUUUUAUAACAUUGUAAGUAUACAACAUUCCUCUGGUUGAAAAUAAUGAGGAAAUGUCCCUUCUAUAGUCUGCCCUAAAAGUCUAGGAAGUAAUGCGUAACCCACAGUUGCUCAGCAUUUGAAUUUAGCUGUUGACUGCACAAGCUGGAUUUAGAUGAAAGGUCACAGCCAAAUAUUCAGAGUUUGUAGAAAUGCAGUUUGUAUGCUCCAUGCUAUUUGAAAAUGUUACGUAACAAAUGUUAACAUCAUUGGAACUGGAGUCUCAGAUGUUAAUUUGGUUAGUCAUUCUUUGGUGGUUGGCUAGCAGCUAGUCCUUCUUUGGGUUGUCACCAAACUUUCCACUCUACCAAAGCUGUCCUGCAUGUGUAGAGAAACACACUGUCAGGAGCAAGAGGUGAAAUAUCUCACAAAUCUCUGAAGUGCAUAACAUCUGCCUGCUCCA